UCAUUCCUUAAGUAGGGCAGCACUCACAUCUAGCUCAGUAAAUAAAUACCAGGAAGAAUAAAAGAAAAAUAGCAACAGGCAGGUGGAUUAACAGCCCAAUCCUGCAGCUUGGGGAAGGAUUUCCUCUUUUUCCUUUGUUAGUCUAUUAGGUAAGGUGUGUGCCAAACAGAUUUUAAAAGCACCUGAGAAAAGCAAUGACAAAUAGUAUCUGGGCUCACAGAAGCCCAGGUGGUUUUGACAUUCCUCCAAAUAGCCAGGAGGGAGCCUCCCGGAUCUUCGGCUCUUCGUUAGAUGGAGGAGAGUCAUAGGGAAGACCAUCGGGCUUUGCUCAACCAAGGAGAGGAGAAUGAACUGGAGGUGUUUGGUUACCGUACCCAGCGUCUACGGCGAGCACUCUGCCUCCUCACAUCUGUGCUGACCUGUGGGCUCCUUCAGCUGGUGUUCUACUGGAGGCCACAGUGGGGAGUAUGGGCCAGCUGCCUCCAGUGCCCCUUGCAAGAAGCAGACACUGUUUUGCUGAGAACAACCGAUGAAUUUCAAAGGUAUAUGAGGAAGAAGGUUUUCUGCCUCUACUUAUCCACACUGAAGUUUCCUAUAAGCAAGAACCCAGAAGAACCCCUAGUGGCUGAUCGCCACUCUGUCAUAAACCAAGCUGUAAUGAAGCCAGAAUUAAAACUGCGAUGCAUUCAAGUGCAGAAACUCAGGUAUGUUUGGGUCAACUUGGAGAAGAAAUUUCAGAAAGUUGGAUUGUUAGAAGACAGCAACUCCUGCUAUGACAUCCAUCAUACAUUUGGAUUGGGCCUGACCAGUGAAGAGCAAGAGGUCAGGAGAUUAGUGUGUGGACCCAACACCAUUGAAGUGGAAAUCCAACCCAUAUGGAAACUGCUUGUUAAACAGGUUUUAAAUCCAUUCUAUGUGUUUCAAGCUUUCACACUCACGUUGUGGCUAUCUCAAGGUUACAUAGAAUACUCUGUGGCCAUCAUCAUCUUGACUGUUAUGUCCAUUGUCUUGAGUGUAUAUGAUUUGCGACAGCAAUCAGUCAAGCUGCACAACCUUGUGGAGGAACACAACAAAGUCCAGGUUACAAUCAUGGUCAAAGACAUAGGUUUACAGGAGCUGGAAUCACGUCUCCUGGUCCCCGGAGAUAUUCUUAUUCUUCCAGGGAAGUUUUCGUUGCCGUGUGAUGCUGUUCUGAUUGAAGGGAGUUGUGUGGUGAACGAAGGCAUGCUCACAGGAGAAAGUAUCCCUGUCACCAAGACACCACUGCCCCAGAUGGAGAACACCAUGCCCUGGAAAUCACACAGCUUGGAGGAUUACCGGAAACACGUCCUUUUCUGUGGGACGGAAGUUAUCCUGGUCAAGCCCUCUGGGCAGGGGCCUGUAAGGGCAGUCGUUUUGCAAACAGGUUAUAACACAGCCAAAGGGGACUUGGUGAGAUCCAUCCUCUACCCCCGGCCUCUGAACUUCAAACUAUACAGUGAUGCCUUCAAGUUCAUGGUAUUCCUGGCCUGCCUUGGUGUCCUGGGCUUUUUCUAUGCCCUAGGGGUAUACAUGUACCAUGAAGUGCCUCCAAAGGACACUGCAACCAUGGCCCUGAUCCUCCUCACUGUCACUGUGCCCCCUGUGCUGCCAGCUGCCCUGACCAUGGGGAUCGUGUAUGCCCAGAAGAGGCUGAAGAAGAAGGAAAUCUUCUGCAUCUCGCCCCAGAGAAUCAACAUGUGUGGGCAAAUCAACCUUGUGUGCUUUGACAAAACUGGCACUCUAACAGAAGAUGGGUUGGACCUCUGGGGGACUGUCCCUACUGCUGACAACUGUUUCCAAAAAAUCCACAGCUUUGUCUCAGGCAAGGCUUUGCCAUGGGGGCAACUGUGUGCCGCCAUGGCCAGCUGCCACUCUCUGAUCCUCCUUGAUGGGACCAUCCAGGGAGACCCUCUGGACCUCAAAAUGUUUGAGGGCACUGCUUGGAAAAUGGAAGAGCACAAUGUAGACUCCUGCAAAUUUGGGUUGUCAGCUUCCAACAUAACAAUAAAACCGGGACCCAAAGCCAGUCAGAGUCCUGUGGAAGCCAUCACCAUUUUGCGUCAGUUUCCCUUUUCCUCGAGUCUGCAGAGGAUGUCUGUGAUUGCUCGGCUGGCCGGGGAAGAUCACUGCCAUGUGUACAUGAAAGGAGCCCCGGAGAUGGUGGCCAAGUUCUGCAGAUCUGAUACAGUGCCCAGGAAUUUCCCACAGGAGCUGAGGAAUUACACAGUGCAAGGCUUCCGUGUUAUCGCCCUUGCCCAUAAAGCCUUGAAGAUGAAGAAGCUUUCAGAAGUGGAGCAUUUAUCCAGAGAGAAAGUGGAGUCAGAGUUAACAUUUCUGGGACUUCUCAUAAUGGAGAAUCGCUUGAAAAAGGAAACCAAACCAGUGCUGAAGGAGCUGAGGGAGGCCCACAUCAGGACGGUGAUGAUCACAGGUGACAACCUUCAAACAGCCAUUACUGUUGCAAAGAAUUCUGAAAUGAUUCCUCCAGGCAGCCAAGUGAUUAUCGUGGAAGCCAAUGAACCAGAUGAGUUUGUGCCUGCCUCUGUGACCUGGCAGCUGGUGGAGAACCAGGAGAUGGGACCAGGGAAGAAAGAAAUCUCCAUUAACAUUGGAAAGGCCUCAGGCCCUGAUGGGGAAAGACAGAGCUGCUACCAUUUUGCAAUGAGUGGGAAAUCAUACCAGGUGAUAUUUCAGCAUUUCAACAGCUUGCUUCCAAAAAUUCUGGUGAAUGGAACCAUCUUUGCAAGAAUGUCUCCUGGGCAGAAGUCAAGCCUUGUUGAAGAAUUUCAGAAAUUAAAUUAUUAUGUGGGCAUGUGUGGCGAUGGAGCUAAUGACUGUGGGGCCUUGAAAAUGGCUCACGCAGGAAUCUCACUGUCAGAACAGGAAGCAUCUGUGGCAUCACCUUUUACCUCGAAAAUAGCCAACAUUGAGUGUGUGCCUCAUCUCAUCAGAGAAGGCCGAGCUGCUCUGGUUUCAUCCUUUGGGGUAUUUAAAUACCUGACCAUGUAUGGCAUAAUUCAAUUCAUUGGUACAUCAUUGCUCUAUUGGCAACUGCAACUCUUUGGGAAUUAUCAGUAUCUCAUGCAAGAUGUAGCCAUUACUCUGAUGGUCUGCUUAACAAUGAGUUCAACUCAUGCCUACCCAAAGCUGGCUCCAUAUAGACCAGCAGGACAGCUCCUCUCCCCGCCUUUGCUGCUCUCUGUCUUUUUGAAUUCCUGUUUCAGCUGCAUAGUGCAGAUAUCGGCAUUUCUGUGUGUGAAGCAGCAACCCUGGUAUUGUGAGGCCUACCGAUACAGUGAGUGCUUUCUGGCUAACCAAAGUAAUUUCUCAAUAAAUGGGAGUUCGGAAAGAAACUGGCCUGGAAAUGCAACCCUGACUCCCGGCUCCAUUCUGAGUUUUGAGAGUACCACAUUGUGGCCCAUCACCACGCUCAACUGCAUCACUGUAGCUUUCAUCUUUUCAAAGGGAAAGCCGUUUCGAAAACCCAUCUAUACAAACUAUAUAUUUUCAUUUCUGCUGAUAUCUGCAUUGGGCCUCACAAUCUUCAUCAUGUUUUCCAAUUUUCAAGAUAUAUACCAUGGAAUGGAAUUCAUUCCGACCAUAACUUCUUGGAGGGUUUUGAUUUUGGUGGCAGCCCUUACCCAAUUCUGUGUGGCCUUCUUUGUAGAGGAUGCUAUUCUUCAAAACCGUGAGCUCUGGCUGUUGAUCAAGAAAGAAUUUGGGUUCCACUCUAAAAGUCAGUACAGAGCCUGGCAAAAAAAGCUGGCAGAAGACUCUACCUGGCCUCCCACAAACAGGACAGAUUAUUCAGGCGAUGGCAAAAAUGGAUUCUACAUCAACAGAGGCUAUGCAAGCCCUGAACAGGUUCCAAAAAAACAACUCGGCUUGGGAGACCCAACCACAGAGCAGCACUUUUGGACUAGAUUGUAAUCAGAAUUAUCAUCGUACAUGUUUAACAGGAUCAAUUCUUUUCACCAAAUCUAAGACAUUGUGCACAGCUGGUGAUUUCUCUUCUUUCUCCACUGGGGCAUUUAAAGUACAUUUUUCAAUGUAUUCAGCCUUACAAGAAAGGACCCUCAAUAUACUUAUUUUGAUUGCAUCAUUUGCCAUUGAAAGAGAGAAAAAUGCAUUUCUCAAAUUAUCAUUUUUAAUAAACUUGAUUCAUAUUGAAUAGCAUUAUCCUAUCUAAACUGCACAGAUUUCAAGGUAGUGAAAUUAAUAGUAUGAAUAUCAGCAGAAGAAAAGAAAAUAGGUGAAAUGUCUGAUCUUUGAAACUUUUACCAAUAGGUUGGCCCAAGCUUACUUACAUUCUGUAUUGAUGUGUGAAGGAUAUCUAUGUACCCAACUUACCUAAUGUCACAAAGCUCCCUUUUUUGCUUCUUUUAUAAGCUUUUAAGGGAGAAAUGGGAAUUAACAUCAACUUCAGACUGUUCACCUUUGACUAUUAGAGUAAGCUCACUAAGGAAAGUACUUGUUAUGUGAGUAUCCAUUACAUGACAAUUCACAGGUUCCUAAGCAAUCUGAAGUUCUAUUUGAUCUUUUAAUUAUCCAAGCCAUUGUAUUAGAUAUAUUUUAAAUAUUAGAUAUAUUUUAAAUGGGUAUAGCAUUUACAAAGACAUUCUGCACACAUUUACCUUUAAUGCCUAUGUCAUACUCACUGUGAGAGGAAAUUUAUUCCUUGUGAAUAUUUAAAAUUGUCUCCUAGGCUUUCCUUGUAAUAAUAAAUCUAAUUUUGCUAAUUUACCAAAUCUUUAACAGAUCAAAGACAAUUACUUAACCAGUCACUUUCCCUGGGUGCCAAUUAUGUGUCUAAGCCUGCAAUAUAUGGUUUCAAUAUAGGAUGGUCUUGAGUUUAAAAUUCUGGUCUUUAGGAUUGACAACAUUUUUAACAUUUUAGCAAUAUGUAGUUAUAAAUUGCAUUUUAGACUGUUAUACAAGCCAACAGUACAAAUAUAAAUUCUUAUAAAAACAAACACUCUGUGUUUACAUUUUUCUUGUGUUCACAUGUCUUUGAGUGAUGAUUUCCAACAUAGUAGCUAUGUUAAAGAUAAAAAUAAGGUGAGAUUUUCAGCUUAUGAUUAAGAAAUAUAUGUCAACUGAAAACAUAUGGUAGCUCGGGUUCCUUGAGCUGACAUUACUGUAUUUAGUAAUUUGGCUUUUAGAAUGAAAAGGUUCAAUGGAUACUCUAUGGUAUUUAGA